AUGAGACCUUCUCAGGAUGCAAUUCAUAUAACACUAUCGUUGAUCUUGGAAACUGUGGAUUGGUAUAUUCAGAAGGUACAAUUCAAGUACUUGAAAAAUCUUGAUGAGCUAAAAAGAGUCGACAUCGAUUCCCUUGCGGUGGUGUGCCGAAACUUUGGAGAUUUCGCUGAGGAGGACAGAACCAUAGUCGACUACCGUAAUAAGCAUUUGAGGACAUGUACCAACGGCAAGAUUUUGUCAGUGGUCCGGGAAAUGUAUCCAGAAUUUGAGAACAAACGCGACGUGCUGGAAUUCCAAUUCCAAGUGGGAGUUGGUUUCAGCAACAUCUACUUGUUGCUGAAAAAUCCAUCCAGUUUGGAGGAGAUUGCUGAGCUCCACAACACAAACAAGGUCAAAGUGUUUUUGGAGAAGAUGAGGCUGGCUUUUUUGGGGCUAGACAAAAAAACCAAAACCAGGCAACUAAACCCAAUCGACAACGGUCGGUUCACGUUGCACGGGCAGGGCUGGAAUGCGUACAGCCGGGAGCUUGCAAAACAGUUCCACGAUGGAGAUGGUACUCCAUCAGUUUUAUUUUAUAAGUGCGCACACGGAUUGAAGAGUGCCAGGUUCGAGAAAUUGAUGGGCGAUUUGGAAGCGGCUAUUGCGCCAGGGCGGACUGCGCUUUUCCAUCAAAUACACAUAGGCCUCACGUUCCACGUUAAUUAACAGGCAGUCGUUUGUCACUUUGGCAACACUCGACAGGCCUUCCAAGUGCACGACCCCGUGAUGUUUUACGAAAAAUUUGGACUCAAAAAAAUUGGACACUUGUCUGGGAUGCGCAAUGUGUUUCAUGGCAUGAGCAAA